UUGAAAUAAACACGAAAACCGUGAACUUCGAGAGACAAUCGUCAAGACUUCCACGACACGGACCUUUGACUCGAUAUCCAUCUUUCUCAAGUCCGUGUUUCGGGUCCAUCAAUCAUGCUGCGUCUCAGUGAGUUGCUAAGUACUGCCAAAUAGCACUGAACAUCCUGGCUUCGCACUACCAUGUCCUCUGUUACGACGAGCACUAUCGAGCUCUUCACCCCGCCCUUCUCACCUUCAUCAACAUUCUCGGAUUUCGGCCCGAGACCCACUAGAAGACAGGGUCCCAAUGGCGGCGGUCUGGAUGGGAAUAACGACGGCCUUGGUGGAAAUGGAAAUCGGGGCGGGGGAACAUCUGCGACCGUGUACUUGUAUACGUUCUUAGGAGUGCUCUUACUGUUGCUCGCCAUCUCAGCAACCAUCGUGGCUCGCACCAUCAUGCGUCGUCGACGCCAACGACGCAUGAUGGAGGAAGCCAUCCGGAACGGCACUUGGAUACCGCCUAAUGGGAAGCCCCCAAAGCCCGUCAUGUACGAAGCAACGUUGAAUGCCGGCAACGAACACCACGACUGGGAAACAUGCAAACCUUUUGCCGUCUCAUACACCCAAGACCUCCCCCUUCCAACUCCCCCGCCUGCCCGUAUCUGGGCACUCAUCAAGUCGUCGUCGUCGUCCCCUCCCCAUGGUCCCGUCGCGCAGACCAUUCCUCCCGGACCGCUACGCAUAUCUAUGUUUAUCGCCAUGCCGUCACCGAAAGAUGAGCAGAAGGCGGGGCAGAUACCACAGAUUGAACUGGGCACCGCCGAAGUUCCUGUCCUGCAUCCGCCCGCCGCCGCCGACCCACCCUCGACCGCUAAGAGGAGGGCCGUGGAAGAGGUGUGAUGCUCCCGCUCCUGGGCCGUGCGUGGGCAUGUGUAUACGACUCGUUAAAUGAACUUUUUAUGGCUUUCACGAUAACUGUUAACUGUGUGUAGUA